CUAUCAACCCCUUCUUCUUCAUAAACCUCCAAAGUUAAUCGUAUGUAUAAAGUGUAAUCCCACUUUAACUUUUUGAUUUGUUCAUAAAGUUUGCAACUUUAUACUCCUUACUAUUCCACUCUAUGGUUUGACAUGUGCAAGAUUCUUGGUGACUGUGUCAAUUCCCCAACUCUCUCUCUCUCUCUCUCUCUCUCUGCUUGGGAGGGCAGAGCUUUGUUUGUUCAAUCUCAUUAAAAGUAUGGGAGUCUGCGUGGUUGUUUUUAUCCUUGGCAUCUUAAAUGUGUAAAUUGAAACUACUCAAAUGUAUGGAAUUGGUCUGAAUUGGGGCUUGCUGCUUCAUUUCCAACUAGGGUUUAUUGGUUAAUGAAAGUAAGCAUUGCACGGUAGCUUAAUCUUAAAUGGUAAAGAGUCCCAUGUUUUGUUAGAUGAGUGGUGAUAUUGAUCAUUGAUGACUGAUUGACUGGUGAAUAGGAGAUAGUCCUAGAUGAGAUAACAUUUGGAUGAACAUGUUGAACUUAUGUGGAGAAUGUUAUUUAUACUUGUUACAUAAACCAGCACGGUUAGAUGUAGGAAUUGACAUAUUUCAUGGGAAUUUGUCAUCAAGAUCUUGGAUAUACACUCGCUUUCAAUGAAUCAGGUUAGAAAACAUAUCCUCUCAGUUGGAGGGAUAUCUAGAGAGUCGUAUCAUAUUGAGAAUGUUUACAUGCUGUACUUAAUCCAAAAGGAAAAAGGGUCUUUAUUGGAUUAGAUACUAAUGAUCUAACACUAAAAUCACUAAAUUGCUUAACUUGGAAAAUGUCUAUGUAGUAUGCACACAAUUUAGAUCUUUAGUAGAAGCACCUAAUGUGGCAUAAUCUCUGAACCUUACUUUUUGUCUUGCUGUUUGAAAACUUGUCUUAAUCAUCAAUAAAGUAAGGCAUAUUUUCCUUGAUGGGCUCAUUAAUGUGGAUGACAGACUAAGAUUUUCAGCCUUUUUGGUCCCCCAGAAGUAGCCAAAGUAGUUGGCCAUUUCCAUCUUUAUAGAGAAUGGAGAAACUUAAAGUAGGCAACAAAUGGCACAGUAGUCUGUGUGAAAGAUGCAAUUAGCUUCAUGGUUUACGCAUAUGCCUGUGUGUUAAGAGGCUUAUAUGGUGGCUAAUGCACUCUUUAGUUCGAAUAUCUACUUGUGCGUUGAGAGGCUUGUACACAACUAAUCUUGGUUGCUUCAAUAGACUUAUUAUAGUAGAUAAAGCUUGAAGUUCUGUUACUUCAUCCUUGCAAAGUGCUUCAACUCAGCUCGUAAUGGAGAUUAUUGUGCACGGAUCUUCCUACCGUUAACGGGAGAAGGGGCUAUUUGCAUAUGCCCCACCUCACCAAGGCAUUGAUGGAGAGUGGAGCGACCUCUCCGGUGUAAUCGUCUAUAGAUGGAACGACAGAGAUAAUCGCCCCAACACCGGCCGCCCCAACUGGAAGAAGCGAUGGAGCUGCUGCGCUGAGUACGACGAGAACGCCCCUCCCUGCCAAAGAGGCCCUCAUGUAUCCUAUGAUGAUGGUUUCACCAUGUACUAAUGUUCCCACCUCUCCAAGAUUAAUUGUAAGAAAUGAAAUACAGUAUACUCCAUUAAUUAUACAGUCCUAUACACAUUGGAGAGCUCCUGACAAAUUAAUGAAUUUCAUGCUUUUCAUACAAGCUCCAGAUUACAUUGAUCAUACAUGUCAAUAUCCAGUUUUUUGUGUUCUGUUUUUCUUCUCUUUCAAAAAAAGUGAUGGCGGGUGGAUUUUAUUAAAAAAAUUUGAAAUAGAAUUGUUAUGAGUAAUAAUUGGAAGAUUACUAUAUUGGGCAAUGGCAUAUGCGAAAGAGAAAAACGAGGCGUGAUCCUUGAAAGUUGACAUCAUCCCCUAUAUACGCUCUCAAAUUCCUUCCUAAUUUAUUGAUUCAUCAUUCACUUGCGAGUUGCGAGCCUUCUUUUCGUUAUACUCAAGCAAGCAAAUUCGUGAGUUUCCGCACGGAUUCUCACGAACGCCAUGUCUAAGCGGGUUAUAUGUAAAUUUUUUGCCCAUGGCGCUUGCUUGAAAGGGGAGCACUGUGAGUUUGCGCAUGAUUGGAAGGCCCCAUCUAGCAAUAUAUGUACCUUCUAUCAAAAGGGGAUUUGCACAUAUGGUAGUCGAUGCAGAUACGAACAUGUCAAACUUUCUCCUUCUUCAUCGGAUAGUCCCCUCCCCGUUGUUUCUGGAACUGCAGUGUCCGCCACAGAUUUGGCACGAAAUGUUUCUCCCCCAUCAGGACAUCAUGAUAUGCUAAAUGAUGAUAAUCUCAUGGGCCAUUCGAACGAUGCUGGUCCAUCUGGUUAUGCUAUGUGUUCUUUUGCUGCUGUUGGUGAUUGCCCGCGAGGGGAAGACUGCCCUCACAUUCAUGGGGAUGUAUGUCCAAUCUGUGAGAAACGAUGCUUGCAUCCCUUUAGGCCUCAAGAAAGAGAAGAGCACUUGAGGUCUUGUGAGAAAAGGCGUAAACAUUUAGAAGCACUGAGGUGUAGUCAAGAUAUAGAGUGUAGUGUGUGUCUGGAGGCUGUCCUCUCGAAGCCUACGUCAGCGGAAAGGAAAUUCGGGAUUCUAUCAGAGUGCGACCAUUCAUUUUGCAUAUUGUGCAUCAGAAAUUGGCGUAGUAGCUCUCCGAGUUCUGGGAUUCAUGUUAAUUCUGCUAUUAGAGCUUGCCCUAUAUGUCGAAGACUUUCAUACUUUGUCAUUCCUAGUGUCGUCUGGUAUUCCUCGAGUGAGGAAAAACAAGAAAUUAUUCAGAGCUAUAAGACAAAACUGAGGUUUAUCGACUGCAAGCACUUUGACUUUGGGAACGGGACUUGUCCAUUUGGGACAAGUUGCUUCUACAAGCAUGCAUUUCAAGAUGGUCAUCUUGAGGAAGUUGUUGUACGCCAUGUUGGCGGUGAUGACGGAGAUAACAGUCAUUGCCAACGACAUUAAGGAUCUCCGACUUCCUUAACUUGCAGAUAAGAUGAUUAAACAGUUUUGAUUUCUACUAAUUCUUCCAUGUCAGUACUCACAUCUCCUUAACAUAUGGCAAUUGAUAUGCAUAUGCAUCCCUAGUUUUCCAUGUUGUUACUAAAUAUAAGAAGCUUACACAAGGAAUUUGGUGGGAUGAUCCCUAGUUUUCGAUGGCAGCAGGGAAUUUGGUGGGAUGAUCCCUAGUUUUCGAUGGCAGCAGGGAAUUUGGUGGGAUAAUGUUCAAGUAGCAUUUUGACAACCUAUGGAACGAGCCUGCUUUUGGGCAAAUGCAGCUAUUAUUUGAGUUGAUGGAGCACUGAUUCCGUCUGCCAUUUCUAACUAAACUGAUAGUUAAGCUGGAAUAUAUUGAAAAGUGAAAAUGAUGUAAAUCUAUUAACUAUACCAAGAGUGAGGUUUUGGUACUCGUGGGCUUACCUUGUGCGUUGUAAUUUUCCUAUUGCUUGGAACAUGUACGCAUUUACUCCUUUAUUUAUGAAUUCUUUACAAUUCACCAUUA